GCUGUCGAUAUUUUGAAUUUUCAAAAUUUCCGAAUUCAUAUUUUUAUUAUUUUCACUGUUUUCAGUAUCUUCCAUCAGUAUCCUUUGUUUUCUUCAUCACGUUUUUAACUUAACACAUUUUUAUUUUUUGAAUAAUUGUUUUUAAUUUUUGAACAAUGUGCUAUUGUCUAUUGUCUAAAUCGUUAGUUGCCAUAAGAUCCACUUGUAAAGUUAUCUAUAAUUAUCGCUUUUAUUCGAACAGAAAUGUGUUGAAACUACACGAACGAGAAAUAUUACAAAGCAUAUUUCCAGAAAAUUCUAGGUAAACAACGUUUUUUUUUUUAGAUUCUUAACACUGACUAUAAAGACUAUAAAAACUAUAAAGGUCCUGCACCUUACAUAAAAUUAUUAUAUUAUAUUAUUGCAAAAUUAAAUUGUAGUCAAUAAACAUGGUUGUUUAAAUAUCACAAUUUAUCAGUUUUACCGUAAAAUUAUAUUUGCAUUCAGUCGCCAGUUGUCCAUUGAUUAUUGAUACAUAUGUGUACGAAUGUAAUACUUAUUGUUUUGUGCACAACUUGUUUUUUUGUUGUUAAUACUUUGGCUAGUAAUUAAUAUCUAGUAAUAAUACUUUUAAUAUGUUCUUAUUUUUUGUUGUUUUCUUUAAAAUUAAUUAAAGUCUACUUUUUAUUAAUAUUUCAUGUAAUAUAAUUUAUCAUAAAUAUGUAAUACAAUUUAUUUCAGUAGUUAUAAAACUAUUUGUACAUAUUCUCUUGUUUAAGUACUAUUGGUAGAUCACUUACUAGAUCAAUAAGCAAAAUGUCAAAAUGUAGAUCACUUACAAAGCCAUUACCAUUAUAUGGAUAAAAAAUUGUUCGGAAUUGCAUACAUUUUUUAGGUUAAGGUUGCAUACAAUUUCUAGGUUAAGUAACCUAUGUUAAUACUAAGUUCUAACAGGAAAUUAAUAUAAACUAUACUAAUUAGCAAUAUUAUUAUUUUUAUUAUUUUAUAAGUCAAAUUAUUAAUAAAAUUUGUUAAAAACACAAUAAAUUAUAAAUUAUUUUGUUAUGGAAUUUAAAUUGGGAAAAAAUAUUUAAUUAACCUCCAUUUGGAAUCAUUUAUUUGUUCUUAAUAAUUUAUUGUUGCAUUCAGUAAUAAAACUAUAUUUGCAUCUAUAUUACCUGAUAUCCUGCCUUUACAGUUUCCUAUUUCUUCUUCUCCUUUGCCUUAGUCCCAAUUAUUUGAGGUCGGUCAACUUCCCACUUAUUUUUCUGUUACUAUUAUAAUAAAAUCUCAAUUUGAACAUGUAUUAGGUUUUUUAUAUUAUGAGCAAGAAAAAAUUCCAACUGAAUUUAUCAAUACUAUAUAAAUAUGUUAUAAUUGUUUAAUGUUUUAUAUUUUUUUUUUUUAUUAGUAAUGAAGUAAUAGAAUUAUUAAUUAAAAAAAACCAAUGUGUUUAUGCUGGGUUUGAUCCGACAGCUGACAGUUUACACAUUGGGAACUUACUCGUCAUAAUGAAUCUUUUACAUUGGCAACGUGCAAAUCAUAAAGUUAUCGCUUUGGUUAGUUACAGAUUACUUUAUAAUUAUAUGUAUAUAUUUAUUUCAUUUACAUUUAUUUUUUAGUUAAUAUUCGUAUUUUGUUUUUUAUUUAAUUGAUUUUAUUUAAAAGAUAGGAGGUGCUACGGCUCAAAUAGGUGAUCCUAGUGGAAAAUCUAAGGAUCGAGAUAAACAGUCAUCACAAUUAUUGUCACACAAUGUCAAAGGUAUUACAAAUAGUUUACAAUCUGUAUUCGAAAACCAUGCCAAAUAUUUCUGGAAACAAAAGGAUUCUUUACCAAAGCCAAUGUGAGCGUUUUGAGGUAUUCUUUUUAACUUAGAAUGACUGAAAUUAGUCAAGAGAAUUAAUUGUAUUAUUAAAUUUUUUUUUGUAUAAUAUAAUAUGUAUUAUUUUAUCAACAUUAAUAGAUAUGUACAAAUAUUUGUUUUUAUAGAAUUGUAAAUAAUAUGGAGUGGUAUAAGGGUAUUGGUGUCAUUGAUUUUAUGAAUAACAUUGGCAGACAAUUCCGAAUGGGUACAAUGCUGUCCAGGGAGAGUGUUAAGGUUCGUCUAGCAGGUAGUGGAAUGAGUUUUACAGAAUUUACAUACCAAACUUUUCAAGCAUAUGAUUGGUUACAUUUGUUUGAGACGUAUAAAUGUCUGUUUCAAGUAAGUGUUAUAGUAUUGAUGUAUCCAGAGAUAUAUCAUUAAAUAUGAUACAUAAUCAAAUAUAUUUUAUUAUACCUAAUUUAUAGAUAGGAGGAAAUGAUCAAAUGGGAAACAUUAUGUCUGGUCAAGAAUUGAUUAGUAGACGACACAAUACCAGAGUUUAUGGUAAAUUAUGUAGUGGGAUAUAAAUUAUGUAAGUCCUCGUUUAACGUGGCCUCAUUUAGUGUUGUUUUGUUAUUGCGUCGUAAAAAUUUAAGUUCUUGUUUUUUUCAUUUAGCACUGCAACAGUUUUAGUAAAACAUCAUUUGUAAUACAUGUAUUUAUCAAAUUUUUGUUAUACGCAUGUAUUUAUAUAUAUUUUGUAUAAGUUGUAAAAGUAAUUAAUUUCAUAGACUUUUUUCAGAUAAUAUUGUUUUGUUUUUUAUUGACAUACCUAUCAUAUGUAGGUACUAUUUUUAUUUAUUAUAGGUAAUAUGUACUCCAUAAUUGUUUUUCAUUUUAUUGAUUGUCAGUUGUUCAACAUUUGCUGUCGACUACACAGUUUUCGUGUACAUACAUAAUAUCAUUAUUACUAUUAAUAAAGUAUAUGUUAAGAGUAUUUCACUUAAUGUUUUUCGGUUAACAUUGUGUUUUCCAGGAACCUAAUCUAGACGUUGAACGAGGAUUUACUGUAUAAUUAUAAUAACUAGAUUAUCAUAUGAUUACAAAAUAAGUAAAUAAUUUGAAGAUUUUAAUAACAAUCAAUUUUUAUUAAACAACUUAAGUUGUGUUUAGUCAUUAAAUAACAUUUUUCUUUCUUAUAAUUUAUUUUAAUCUUUAGCCAUGAUUAAUAAUAAUCCAUUUUUGUUAUAUUAAAUUUAUAUGCAAUAUAUUCACAUUUUUUUAGGAAUAUGCUAAAAUAAUAUCGUCAUUUUUUAAAAUUUAUUUAUCUUAAAAAAUUUAUUUAUACAUGUUAUGCAUUUUUGUCAUGUCCAAAAGUGACCCAAGUUCCGGUUUCGUCCAUUCAUAGAUAUAUAUAAAAAAGUGUUCAACUGGUAUUAUAAAUAGUUUGGAGACACCAUUAUUUAUGAUUAAAUCAAAAUUGAAAAAAAUUUAAAAAUAAAUUAAAUUUAUCACUUGAUCAUUUUUGACAUGACAGCAAUAAUAUUCAUUUUAUAAUAAAAAAUUAAUUAAUUAUGCACAUUUUUUUAAUUGUAUUAUAGGGCUAACAGUACCAUUAAUAACCACAGAAUCUGGAGACAAGUAUGGUAAAUCAGCUCAAAAUGCUGUAUGGCUAAACUCUGAUAAGACUUCACCAUUUGAGUUUUAUCAGUAUUUGAUACGUACACCGGAUUCUGAUGUAGAAAAAUUGUUGAAAAUGUUUACAUUCAUUUCAAUACCUGAAAUAACCGAAUUAAUGAGAAAACACAAAGUAAAUGGAAAAAAAAUGCAAUUUAUAAAUAAAUUUUAUAAAUAAAAAAAAUAAUUUCUUUAGGAGUCUCCAGAUAAAAGAAUUCCUCAUGAAACAUUAGCUCGUUAUGUAACUACUUUGGUACAUGGAGGUAUUUAUUUAGUAUUCAGGUGAUUAAAUCAAUAUCAACCAUUAUUAUAAUAUUGCUUUAUUAUAUUUGUAGAAACUGGUCUUCAAGAAGCAUUAGUAGCAACUUCAGCACUGUAUGACAAUAAUGUUGAGACCCUCAGUACAUUAAAUACCAAUGACAUUUACAAAAUAUUUAAUGGAGCAACUGUUGUUGAACUAAUGCUUGAACCUGGUAUAACUGUACUGCAAAUGGUGAUGAAAGCAAAAUGUUUCCUGACUGACAGUAAUAAUAAUAUUCUACAUCUGUUGGGCAAAAUGUAUAAACAAUUAAUUAAUGGACAUUAAAACAAUUUAUAGGAGAUGCAUGUCGAAUAAUUACAGCCGGUGGACUUUAUAUUAAUCAUCAAAAAAUAACCAAUAUAGAUGAAAUUGUAACUUUGUUUGUACAUAUUUUACCUAACAAGAUUUCUUUAGUAAGAAUUGGUAAGAAAUUAUUAAAAUAUAAAUAUUUUUGUCUUAUCAUGAGCACUGAUUUAUUUACAAAAUAAUUAAUUUAAUUUCUUACCACAAAUCGUAUAGAUCUAUCUUGUUCACAUUCUUAAUAAAAGUUAUAAAUGUAUUUUUUUAAUUAAACCUAAUAGAUACUCAUGAAACUUAUACACUAUAAAUCGCUAAUACUAAAAAACUAAAUAUUAUAAUAUUUUUUAUUUAAAUAUAUUUAAAAAUUUGUUUAAUUAAAAAGUAAUUAUCUGUUUGUAUUUAUAAUAUGUUAGAUAAAUUUAUUAACAUUUUUUUAAAUUUAAUUAUGAAUCUCAUACCUUAAGCAUUUGUAAAUAUUUGUAUUAUUUACAAUAUUAUAAAUGAUUUACUUUAAAAUAAUACUGAUACAUUUUGUAUUAGUAAAUUAACUUUUAAUUUUAGCUUUCUUAUCUAAUUAUUAAUUUACAUUAUAUAAUUCAAUAUUAUUUUCAGGAAAACGAAACUAUUGGAUAAUCAAAUGGAUCAUGUAAAUACACAGUAUGGAUUAUAAAUAUAAAUAACAUGUCAUGUUAUAUUUUGUAGGCAAUAAAAACAUAUUUUUUAAAAACAUAAAUAAAUUGUUUAUUUAAAAGUCAUUUCUCAUCAUAUGAAGAUCAUAUGUUUCGCAGUAUAUAUAAAUAUAUAUCAAUAAUAAAUAAUAAAAAAAAAUUUGUAAAAAUAUUUUAGCUAUUUGGAAAAUAACUUAAACUGCGUUAACUUAAUCUAUCUCCAUGGAGUUUUGGAACACAGUAAAAACAGUCUUGUUCCGAGCAAUAGUAAGUUAAUAACAAUAUUUCACAAUAUCAAUAGUUAUAAUUUUAAACAAUUUCUUUGGAAAUAAAUAUAGUUAUGAACAUUUUGUAUCCUGCAGUAAAAUGAUUAAAAUAUCAGCUUUUAGCUAGUUUUUAUUUGUCUUUUUUACAUUUCAACACAAUUAUACGCCAUUAAAUAUAGAAAUACAUAGUAUUUGAAAUAUGUAACAAAUCAAUGUCAAAUACAAAUGAUUUAUUAAUUUACAUUCUCUCACACAUUAAUGUUUGAAUAAAAAAAUUAAACCUUUAUUUAAUUAAAAAUAUUUAAGAGAACAAUUAUUUAAUUUUAGAGUACACAAUUGAUAAGUUAUAUUUUAUCAUGUUUUACCAAAAAAUUAAGUAUUUAAAUUAUAAUGGAUUUGAAAAUGUGAUUCAUAAAUUAUAUUUAAGAAUGAUAAAUUAAUUUUUGGUAACAGUUUUAUCAUUCAGUUAGUGAUUUAUAUAAUCAAAAAUUACACUUUCAAUAACAUGCAUUGGCUUUGGAAGGAAUAUUAUAUUAUGUGAUACUUAUUUUGAAUCAUUAAAUGGCCGUUAUUUCUUGUUGGUGUAAAUCUUGUGGAGAGCCAACUUUGUCAACACACUUCCAUAAGCCAUAUGUUUUUCCAAUAGUUGUCUGCCACAGUCGUAAAGUACCGUCUUCAGAGCCUGAUGCAUACAACUCGCCAUCAGGCGAAAAACGGACACAAUGUACAGGACCAAAAUGACCUUUAAAAGAUUCUGAAAACCAAAAAAAUAUAAAUGAUCUUAUUAUCUGAACUAUUAUUGUUGUCAUUUAAAACCCUUACCAAUUUCUUUUCCGGUGCUAUAGUCAAAUUUGUACAUUUUAAGAUCUUCACCUCCACAUACAAACAUAGUCUUGUCUCUGUGCAAUGAUGCCGUAUUUACUAAUGUGGGCACAGUAAUUUCAUUCACUUUGGACAAACUGAAAAAAAAAAAA